CUGAGAGAAGUCCGAGCUCUGAUUCUGAAGGAAAGAAAUGGCAGCUAAUGGAAGCACCAGCCUAGACAGAAAGCAAUUGAUAGCAUCAGCUCUAUGCAAACACUUCUCUUUAGAUCCUAAAACGUUUCCGGAAAACAUUGCUGAAGAUGAAAUCACGAGUUUCUAUACAACCAUCUUGAAGUCAGCCAAAAACGACGCCUCAGUGGAAGUGCAAGAUGGGGUGCUUCAAUGGAUAAGAUAUGCAGACGGUUUUCUUACAGAUCCCCAGGCAUGCUUUGAAGUUCUGAAAGGGUUAAAUGAUACCUUGGCUGACUUGUCUGUGCUUUUGGGAAAUGGUUUCACACCCUCUGAAGCUGAUGUUAUUGUGUUUGCUGUGGUGCAUUCUUCUGUGAUUGGCCUUUCGAAUUCAGAUAGGCAAAAGUUGCCGCAUCUGUUGAGAUGGGUGGAUCACAUCCAGAACAAGGUGGAUUUUGGGGACUUACUUAAGAAGAUAGUGAUAGAGAAGGUUCCAUUUGACUUUCUAAAGUUGUAUGCAUUGCGGGGAGCAAAAAGUGCAGGUAAGGUGGAAAUAGAUUCAAAUGCAAAGAAGACUGUUCAAAGUGCAAAAAGCGCAGACAAGCCAGAGGCAGACCUGAACACAAAGAAAAGUGAUGCUGAGAUAAAGGCUACAGGAGAUAAGAAAACAGAUAAGAAACCCGAUAAGAAAGCUACUCAAGAGAAGAAAAAAUCUCCAGAAACAGAGGCAGUUGAGAAAGACAAAGAACUUAGUGUCAGUUUGUUGAAUAUACAGGUUGGCCUCAUUCGCAAAGCUUGGAAGCAUCCGUCUGCUGAUAGUUUACUGGUUGAGGAGAUUGAUGUUGGAGAUGCUAAAUUGCGACAAGUGGUCAGUGGCCUGGCAAAAUAUUGUAGUCCUGAGGAGUUGACGAACCGUAAGGUUGUGCUGAUUACAAAUGUGAAACCUGGAAAGUUACGCGAUGUGGCGUCAGAAGGACUGGUGCUAUGUGCUUCUAAUGAAGAUCACACUCUUGUAGAGCCUUUGCUCCCUCCAGAAGGAGCCAAACCUGGGGAACGUGUGUCAUUUUCUGGGGUUGAUGGAAAGCCAGAAGAUGUCCUCAACCCAAAAAAGAAACAGUUGGAGAAGAUCACACCGCAUCUUUUCACUGAUGAUAAGGGUGUGGCUACGUUCAAGGGUAUUCCUUUUAUGACCUCAGCCGGGCCUUGUACAUCAUCCAUUUCCAAGGCAAGCAUCAAAUGAUGAUCUUUGGCCCAUCCAACAAAAAUUGUAACUCACACUUUUCAAGGAUUUUCUCAGCAAUGCAUUAGUGGCCCUCAUUUGAUGAGAAAAUAUUUUAUGGAAAUGCAGGUUCAUUUUCCUUUUUGAAAAUGGAAAAAAAUGUUGUAGUGAGGCUAGUGUCAUAUCAAACAGGGUUCAUGUCGCCUUACCCUCCUAUCAAAUGCUUUUACAUGCUGUUGCAAUCAA